AACUUUUUACACUGUGUAAAUGAGUCGCCUAAUCUGGAGCUUCUUGCUUAUAUGUUCUUUAUUGAGUAAAUGUCUGGAUGCAAGAGCCUUUGGAGGCUUUGGAGACAACAGAAAUUUUAGGGGAGGAGGUCGUCGUUAUAUCGCGAGUUUCCGGCAGAAUCUAUUCCAUAUCAGAUCAACUGCCAAGUUAUUUUCAUAUUCUCCGAUAACUCGUACUCAUGUCAUCAUAUCACCUGCUUCUCCGAUAAUUUACGGAGAUUACCAUUACUAUUGGGAAGGGCAUCAUGUUUAUACUACACAAAAACCUGACAAGUGUGAUUAUCAAAUAAUCGAUAAGGAUAAGGAAUUGAGAAAUAUAACAUUCGCAAAUGGCACAAGACCAGCAAUUAUCACCUUUGGAUGUGCAGAGUAUACUUAUUGUUGUGGAUUGGAAUGUUGUACUGGUUUAAGUCAGUUAGAGGAAGGAUUAUUUUUAAUUGGAGUUUCACUGGCGGUACUUUUUCUCGCGGUGAUCACCGUUUUGUUGGACAAAUGUAAAAAGAGAACGACUAAACGAUUCAAUCUUCCAAGAUCAACUCCAGAAGUUCAAGAACUGACUCCCAGUGCUCCUAAUGCUACAAACAAAGUCACCACUUUAUUUAAAAAAGUGGUAUCUAUUUUUAGUUCGAGAGUGAACUAUUUUACCCGCAUUUAACUGCAUCAUUUUGCUCCUUUCUGCUUUUUUUCAACCUCUCACUUGAUCGUUUAAUCGUUUUCAAAUCGCUGCCCCGCCAUUUCGAUUAUUUUAUAUUGAUCUCUUUCAUUUGUAAAAGCUGACAAUAAUACCUUUGUUGUUACCUGUGUUACUGAUGAACUGAUGUUACUGAUGAUGAUGACUUGUGUUACUGUGUUACUGAUGUUACUGAUGAUGUUGUUACUGAUGAACUGAAUAACAUUUUUUGG